CCCCUCAUGCUCAAGCACAGCAGGUGAAUGCAUGCAAACCUAGCACAAUCUUCUAAGUUGCUUGAAACUGCAGUGCAUUAAGAAAUUUUAAGAUGCAUUGAGAACCACAGUAGCUAAUUAAGCAGAAAAAGUCUCUCCAUCUUACUGACAAGCAAUCAUAAAAGAUUUACCAGAACUUCUAGCUACUCUGCAGGGCAAAUCAAUGUCCCUCUCAAAUCAUACGUAUGUAAAAUACUGUCUCAGCUAACUUACAUAACGAAACAGAUGUUGAAGGGGAGUUAUUUACUAACCCUGCUGUAGAACUUUUUGUGUAUUAUUUGUCUAUACAAUGAAAGUCAAUAAUGUUUUAUUCAUACUGUUUUGGAAAAUGAGAAUAAGUGAAUGAUGACAGAAAUGUCCUAAGAACUUAGUUUACAAACUUUCUGUCUAUGAGUCAAGGCUAUUCACAGAAAAAUGGCAUGAUAAAUUAUUAAACAGAAUAUCAGUUUCUUCAUGGUCGGUUUUCUCAGUAACCAUGGCAAGGCCACAUUCAUUAUUAACAUGUACAGGAACACUGGUGGUGAAGCUGAUGGUAACUCGCAGAUCAACCUCUUUCCGGGUCUGUAUUUUGUGCCUGGGCUCCAGGGGAAUCAUGGAGCAAAACCAGGGCUAAGUAUUUCCAUCCACCAAUGAAACUGAGGGAUUAAAAUCACUUUUUUUUGUGGACCAUGUAAACCAACACAAUGGAGGAGGAUUUGUUGACACCCGAGGAUGGAAAGAGGCAGAAGAGGGUGAGAUUCCGGGUGGCCUCAGGGAACAGCGGGCGGGUUUUGAAAGAGAUAUUUAAGGAUGAAGGGCCGUCGGAUUCCCUAGAUUCAGACUGCACCAGCAGCUCCGAGGCGGACCGGGCCAGCACUCCAUCCACCAGCGGGGAGGCGAACGGACACCUGUGUGGAUUCUUGGGGUCGGAGUUGGAUGACAGUGGAAGUGAGCCUGAUGACUUGCUGAUGUUUGCAGGAGGACGAGACAAAGUGUUGAGUACCAAACGAGUGAAUAUCCUCAGCAAAAAUGGGACGGUUCGGGGAGUCAAGCACAAAGUUAGUGCUGGCCAAAUACUCUUUGAUAACUUAUCUAAAAACAAUGGGCCAGAACUGACUCUAGAGUUCGGGCGAAUUGUAAUCUACACCACCAGUUUUCGAGUGGUCAGGACUACAUUUGAGCGAUGCGAGCUGGUCCGAAAGAUCUUUCAGAACCACAGGGUGAAGUUCAUAGAGAAGAACAUCGCUUUGGACAGUGAAUAUGGGAGGGAAGUGGAGACACGCUGUAAGCGAGUGGGUGAACCUCCCUCACUGCCUGUAGUCUUCAUUGAUGGACACUAUCUAGGGGGUGCAGAGAAAAUACUCGCAAUGAAUGAACUAGGGGAGCUUCAGGAUCUCCUCACCAAAAUAGAGAGGGUUCAGCACUCCGACACGUGCCAGACGUGUGGGGGAUUUGCCUUUGUCCCGUGCCCUAUGUGCCAUGGCAGCAAAAUGUCUGUGUUUCGCAACUGCUUCACCGACUCCUUCAAAGCCCUGAAGUGCACAGCGUGCAACGAGAAUGGUCUCCAGCCCUGCUCCAGUUGUUCCCACUAAGGUCCUCUUCAAGUGCCUGCAGACCCCUUCCCUGGAAAACCUCCACCCCCAUAAGCCAUGUAUAAAACAAGAGACGCAGAAAGAAUUGUUUUUUGUGAAUAAACCAUUUUUUUUUUUUUU